AUGCAAGAGUAAAUAAUCUAAGAAAGUUAUUCUUAUUUGGAUGAUUUAAAUACAAAGGUCUAACAUACUAAUACGUUGGUAUUACAUUAAUACUCAAUAGGUUGAUGUUUUUAAAGCAUUCAUUAGAAAUAUUCAUCAAUCAUUUUGUACUUUAUCCAUGUAAUUAAAUGAAUUUUCUGAAUAAUUUUACACAUAAUUGGCAAAGACACCAGAGGAGAACGAGUUGAAUUUAUUCUAUUACAAUCUAAUGUCAAAUACCAUAAUCAACCUAUCACAUAAUUUGGAAGAAUUAAUGGCUGAUAUGGAUUAGGAUAUAAUUCAACCUUAUGAAGAUUUUUAGAUUAAUUAUUAUUAAACAAAUAGUACCUUAUUUAUAAAAGCAAGAGAGUUUUUAAAAUAAGUCUAAACUUAAAGAGAGUCUCUAUUUAAUAAAUAAUAAGAUUAUCUAAAGACAGCUUAUGAUCUGGAAAAAAGAAAGAAUUCUAAAUAAUUAUAAUUAAAGGCUGAUGAAUUAUUUGUCGAUUACAGAUAAGAAUUAGCUAUUGUUAAUUAAUUAUGGCAUAUAUUUAAUGAAAAAUUUAAAUCAUAAUUUGAUGAAUAUGAUAAAAAUGAAUUAACAAGAACAUAACUUACCAAAACGACGACAGAAAAAGUUGUAUCUCACAUUUCUAAGGUUACAAAUGUUUUAAAUUAGAAAUUAUAAUAAGUCUUGGUCACUUCAAAUGAAAAAUUUUCGCUUAUAUAAAAUAAACAUUCAAAUGAAAAAUAACCUAUUUUAAAAAACAUUAUGAGAAAUAGAACCUUCAAUAUUUUUAAGGUUACAAAAUAGGAUAAUUUUAUAACUUAUGAAGAUUGGAUUGCAAAUAUUAAUUCUCAUGAUAAAUUUGAUCCUGUUAAUCUUUAAAAAUUUAAGUUGACAUAAUAAAUGGAAUAACAAAUCAACUUAUUGAUUGAUCUAAUCUAAUAGGCAAAAAAAUAAGAUUAUAAUAAGUAAUAAUUUUAAUCAGUAAUUGAUAUUGAUUUUGAAACAUUAUUUUAAUAUUAAGAUACAAGAAUUAAAUUACUUGAUAGUAUAAUCUAAAUAAUAGAUUAAUCACCUACGGAUGUUAUUGUAAUCAAUCCAUCAUCAAAUGAUCUUUUAAUAUUAAUUGCUAAACAUUUAAUUCUAAGUAAAAAUAAAUAUUAAUUAUUUAAGAUGUAUAAAAGGAUCAAAAUUUUAAUGUAAUUGAAUUCAAUUCAUUAUUGAAUUUUAUUACAUAAUUUGGAAUGAGAGAAAAAAAUUAGUUUAUUACAAUAGGAUAAUAAGCUAGUGAAAAAACAUUUUUGUUUUAUGAAAAAAAUAAAUGGUAAUAGUUAUUAUUGUAUUUGAAUGAAAAAGAAAACUUGGAAUUAACAAAAAAAGGUGAAAAAAACAAUUAAAAUAAUAGUAAAUCUAUCAAACCUAAAAAAACAUAAAUAAUUAAUUUAUUAUAUCAAAAAAAGAGAAUAAUACAAGAAUAAAUGACUUAAGAAUAAAGACUCAACUAUUUAAAAGUUUUAUUGAAUUUGUAAAAGAUUUGUUCAAUAAUGCUUAAAUUAGAUAUAAAAAUAGACUAUGCAAGUGAAACUAUUAUAAUAUUAUCUAAAAUGUGUAAUAUUAGAGUUCAAGACAUAGUUUUAUUGUUAGAAUAAUUUGAGUCAAUAAAGAUAUACAUGGAAUAGAUUUAGCCAUAAUCACCCAAGACUCAAUAAUAAAUAAUGGAAAAAAAACGAUUAUUUUAUACAUUAAAAAAAUGUUUAAAAUAUUUACCAUUAUCUGAUUAAUUAACUAUUGUUUAAAUUAAUAAAGAAUUCUCAUAAUUAAGUAUGAAAGUUAAAUAAAGAUACUUAUGUUUAAAUAAUCUAACAGAACGAUUAUCAAUCAAAAGAAAACUCUUAUGGAUUAGUUUAUUGUAACCUGAGUGUAUUUAACUUGAUUACUACAAAUUAAAGGAAAAAUAUUCUAAAUAGGCUGGAGCCAAGGAAGCAACCUUAGAACAUUAAAUUGCUUAGGAUGUAUAAAGAUCAUUUAAUAGUGGAGGUUAAUAAAGCAAAAUUAAUCAUCUUACAUUGCAUAAUUUACUUAAACUAUAUGCAUAUUAUAAUAAUACAAUCUCAUAUACAUAAGGGAUGAAUUUUGUAAUGGGGUUUAUAUUUACUAUAAUGAUUGAAGAGGAAUUAACAUUUAGAUGUUUUGCAGCAUUGAUUAAUCAAUUAUUAAAAGAUGUAUUACUCUAUGAUCUUAAGUAUAUAAGAGUAUUCUUUUAUAAAUUGGAUAGAUUAUUGGCAAUAUUUAUACCAAAAGUUCAUUAGCAUUUGAAAGAUGAGAAAAUUGAAGCAGGCCAUUAUUCUGCCCCAUGGUUUAUUACUUUAUUUACUGGAUCAUUUAUGAAAAACGAAUUUUCAACUGUUCUUUUUGAUAUAUGGGAUGUAUUAUUAAGUCGUGGUUGGUGUGGAUUUUAUUAAAUUAUUUUGGGAAUAUUUUCAACUUAUGAAGAAAAAAUAUUAUCAAUGAAAUUUGAUAUUUUGUUAUAAUUUUUAAAUAAUUUAAGUAAAGCUGAAUUUUUCACAUAAAAUACAGAUGUAUAUAUCUAAACAUUAUAAUUAGGAAAUAGCAUCAUUAAAAACAUUGAAGUAUCGUGCUCUUAAAUUUAAGGUCACAAACAAAUUAAUUGGUGAAUUAGACAAAGAAUACUAUUUAGUAAGAUAGAAAAUUAAUAAUUUAAUGAACUCUUGA